AGGAAGCUGGUAUUGGGUGGGAGUAGGUAGAGUUGAAAAGAGGGAGAUGACGAUGGAAUGGAGUGAGUGGGAUGGAUCAUCAGAUGGAAAAACGGGAGGAGGAGGAGGAGGCGUGGACGCACGUGAGCGACACAAGCUGGCGGAGCGAGAGCGAAGGAAAUCCAUGCGCGAGCUCUUCCUCUCCCUACACGCUCUCUUACCUCACGCGAACACCGUUCGUAAAGAGCAAUCUGCAAUCUUAGAUGAGAUUAUUAAAUACAUACCCCUCGCAGCUGCUCGCCUCCGAUCCCUCCAGAACAGGAGGGAUUCCCCUGCUUCCCAUCACAAAUCUUCUUCUCCAGCUGUCCAUGUUUCCGACAGGAACUCCGCCUCUUCCAACUCCACCGACUGCGACAUUCGCGUCGCACCCGAGCCAUCCUCCUCCGUUGCCAUACGCGUGCGUGGGGACCGCGUCAACGUGUCUCUCACCGACACCAAAGGCACAUCUCAAGCGCUGCUCCUCUCUGCGGUACUAGACGAACUAGAGGCCCACCAUCUUGAUCUUGUACGGUCUACCCACUGUCGCGAUGGAAGCAAGCUGCUUCACCACUCAGAGAGCAAGAUAUUGGAUGGAAUGGAUCGAUCUCCGCCGUUGCUAAAAUCGAGAUUGCAAGAUCUAGCAUGCAAGCUACAUAAGCUACGUAAAUCGUCACCGCUCAAGAGAACGUUUGACCAGAUAGAUUGAUGCAACGACCCCUCGCCACACCCUAACCAAAUCAAUCUCUCGGCGGACAGAAGAAGAGCCUUGAUUUCGAAAUUGAUGUGGACCUUUUGUUGGUCCAAUCAAUUCAACGGCCCUUGUUUGAUGCCUGGUGUGAUCUUGGAUUAAACAAAUCCGUGAAAGAAUGAAUGAGAAAGAAUUUUGAGGACUGCCCCUCUUGCCUA